GGCAGCGCUGAGCUGGGGCUGGGUGCCCGGGUGGGUACAGCCCCUCCCGCCCGAAAGCAGAAGUGGCCACAGGCAUCGGGUACAGCAACGCAACCACAAACCCCAUCUCCAGCGGCGUGGAGAGACAUCAAUCAUCUGACCGGCCCUCAAGCUGUGACAUCCCAGCACCCGCGGCUGCUCCGCCAGCUCCGGAGGAUCUCGGCCCCUUUUCCUGCUGAUGUCAGAGCGCAGGGCCCCGCAGCCGCAGGCGGGAGCCAGCGCCGGGGCGGCCGCUCUGCACGGGAUCCUCCUCUCUCGACUCUUCCCUCCCCGGGACGCCGGCUGGACGGGAGCCCAGAGCCUUGGCGACCCAUCGGACGGACGCCCCGGCAGGGCCCGUCCAUGGACGCCAACAAGAAGGUGGAUCUGAAGAUAAUUAUCAUAGGAGCUCUGGGCGUGGGCAAAACCUCCCUCCUGCACCAGUACGUGCACAAGACGUUCUACGAGGAUUACCGCACCACGCUGGGGGCCAGCAUCCUGACCAAAGUCGUGGCAGUGGACAACACCCCCAUGAAACUGCAGAUCUGGGACACAGGAGGACAGGAGCGAUUCCGAUCCAUGGUGUCGACCUUUUACAAAGGCUCGGAUGGCUGCAUGCUGGCCUUCGACGUGACCGACAGGGAGUCCUUUGAGUCCCUGGACAACUGGAGAGACGAUUUCCUAGAGAAGGUCAUCCCAAGGGAGCAAGAUUUCCCCAUGGUCGUGCUGGGGAACAAAAUCGACAUCUGUGAUCGGCAGGUACCCAAGGAGAUGGCCUCAGCCUGGUGCAAGGAGAAAGACAUCCCUUAUUUUGAAGUCAGUGCCAAGAACAACAUCAAUGUUGCAGAGGCUUUUGAGACUCUGGCGAAGCAGGCAUUAAUAACGCAUAAAGGGUAUUUGGAGAGUUAUUUAACCAACUCCAUCAAGCUCACUCCCAACGACAAGCCCAAGAAGAGCUGCUGCUGACCCCGGGCAUGCUGCCGCGCUCCGGCCGUCCUGCCCAGCCCAGCGCCCCGCGAUGCUGCAGCCCUGCCCGGGGGUCCAUGCCCCCCGCCCACCCCACAGAUAUUGGCUGAGCCAGGACACAGGACGGCCACUGCUUGACACACCAGGGCCACACAGCUGCUCACCCCGGGACUUGCUGCUUCCCCUGUCUCCGGAGCUGCUCUUCCAACCCAGCAGCCUCCCAAAUCGCCAUGGGGGCCCCGUCCCCCUCAAUCCGCUGCCACCUGGCACCCGAGCAGGUGACACCCCUGCAGUGACGGUGCCACAGGGCUGGCUGUGCUGCUGGUGACUUUCUGGUGACCAUGACCUUGGCCCCAUAGGUGCCCAUUCCUGACACACGGACUGAUGGUCCCUCCGGGCGCUCACGGUGCAUAGGGCUGUGGCAGGGGGAGCAGUGGAGCUGGUGGCCAUGGCACAGGGCUGAGAGUAACCGGGUCCCCUGUAGGGUCAGCGCUGUGCAUGCAACUGUUCUGUGCCUCAGUUUCCCCUGCUGUCAUGCACACCCACCUACCAGACACCUUCCACCACACCGGUGAGGAUCCUCAGUAGAGCACUUUGUCAGGAAUUCUUUAAAAAACAAAAAUUAAAUAUUUCAUUUUUAUUUAUA